AUGACAUUUAAAAGUGAAGAUAAUGGAAAGGUCUACGAUGUCCACUUGCAAGAAAACGGCACACUGAAACUGGCAACCAGUCGGUUUCAUCUCGAAGUUCCAAACCUCACUGUCUCGACAGAAAUGGUUCAUACAGCAGACGGCACGGAACCAAGAAAUAUUGUUCUAAUAAAUAAUCUUUUUCCUGGGCCAGUACUGGAAGUAGUAGAAGGGGCUGAUGUCAGAGUUAAAGUUGUUAAUCGACUAGAAAGAGAAGGGAUCUCUAUUCACUGGCAUGGUAUUCAUAUGCGUGAUAACGUCUGGAUGGACGGUGUUCCUUACUUAACUCAAUGCCCCAUUCACCCUCGACAAAGUUUCACAUACAGGUUUAUAGCCAACCCCCCCGGGACACAUUUCUAUCAUUCUCAUGCUGAUCUUCAACGACUUGACGGUUUAUUCGGAGUAUUAAUCGUACACCGACAAAAUGAACUAGGAUUAAUGCCUUACUUCACUGCCGUUUUAAGUGAUUGGUUUCCAGUGCCUUCUACUGAACUCCAAGUACUUAAUCCCUUUGCUUUCACGCGUGGACCUGGAACGAAGCAUUUUAAUCAUAAUGAUUUGAUAGGCGUAUCAGGUGAUGGUAUAGAGGUUAGCGCUAUGGAAUUUUGGUCUGGUCUUAUCAAUGGCCGGGGAAGGAGUGGAAAUAACAGCGCUCCAUUGACGGUUUUUGUUGUCAAAGGAGGCCAGAAAUACCGAAUGCACAUCGUGUCAGCCGCGGGUGAGUUUACUUAUCGAGUGUCUAUUGAUGAACAUGCAAUGACUGUUAUCGAAAGCGACGGACAUGCAGUGGUGCCAGUUGAAAAUCUGGAGUCUGUUAUUGUAUUCCCAGGGGAAAGAUAUGUUGUACAAUUUGAAGCUAAUAAAAAAGCAGCCAGAUACUGGGUAAGAGCAAGUACUCUUCGAAAAGGGCGGCGUGGUGAAAAUUCUAAGCCAGAUGGAGUGGUUUGGGAUGUGAAAGCAAUUUUACAGUACGGAAACAGAACCGAUAACAACGGAGAUCCAGUCAGUCAGAGAAUGAAUUGUACAAUUGAGACACCUUGUAAAGUUUUAAAUUGCCCAUGGCCAGCAUAUCGCACAGAUUUUCCCCCCAAUGUAAACUGUAUGGAUUUCUCAGCUCUGAGAAUGGACAAAUCUCGACAGCACGAUGUAAUAGUGGAUAAUAGCGACGAAGCUGACGAAGAAAUUUUCCUGGAUAUGGCAUUUUUUGUUGGAUCUUCUAUAAACCGUCGCAGAAUGAUAAUGCCCGGUGCGCCAUUGUUUCAAGAUUCUUCCACUUGGGAACUAACACCUUGUCAAGAUCAUUUUGAUGUCCUCUGUUCUCAUAUUAUAAAUCUUCCGUUGAACAAAACAGUCCAGCUUGUUUUGAUGUCAAAUAUAUUUACUCGCCUUUAUCACGGGGGAGGAGGAAGAGUUCACCAUGUUAUGCAUAUUCAUGGCCAUAGUUUUCGUGUGCUCAAGAUUGGAUAUCCAGUUGUUGACAAUGUCACCAGUACUGUUAUUGACGGUAACAAAGACAUUGGUUGCAACUGGGAAAAUGAUAAAAAAUGCAUUCACCCUUACUGGACAAACGCGCCUGAUUUAAACCUCAAUAGCCCCCCUCUAAAAGAUACUAUCGUAGUUCCAGCUAUGGGUUAUACUGUCGUUCGCUUUGAAACAAAUAAUCCUGGUUACUGGUUAUUUCAUUGCCACACCGUCUUGCACAAUUUUGAAGGAAUGGCUUUGGUAUUCAAUAUUUCUUACGAGCACCAUCCACCAAUUCCAUCGGGUUUUCCAACGUGCGGAAAUUUUGAUUUCAACCACAAUGAUUUCAAAGUGCGGUUACCUCAAAAGAACGAAACAAACACUUCAAGAAAUUGCAAAUCACACGAUUCGAAGACACCAUCAAUUGAUAACUUUUGGCUGCUAGAAACGUUAUCUACAAUAGCUGCAAGUUGCAGCUCAAUUUCUUUGCUGUUGCAACUUGUGUUUACGGCAGCGUUGUUGAAGUUUAUUUGCCGAGCUUCACCGACAGUAAAGAACGACACUGAAUUGUAAUGACGAAUGCAACAGAAUGGCGUUGAAACACCAUUAGGAAACAUCCUUAGGCGAAAAUUAGAAUUGAUAAGUAUUGUAGGUUUUUCUUCUUAGGCCUAUAUCUUAUUUUACUUCUUGCAUAUAUGUAGGAUUCAACAUUAUAUCUAUUAAUACGAACAGCUUACUAUAGCUAACUAUAGGCGUUUUGGUAGGAUAAACGUUUUAUUUCGGAUGUUACAGCUUAUUCAAAAAAGGUUGUCCUACAAAAUCCUCAAACCCUAAACUCUAAGCGCGCAAAGAAUGAUGGGUAACUUCUUUUUAGGGCUUUUGAUUGGACAAAUAAUCCUAGUACACUUCUAGUUGUACAUCUUAAGUGCUUAUUAUCUGUCUUGCCAUAGUUGCAAUGCAAAAUCCACACGUUUUAGGCCUUAGUAAGAAGUUACCCAUCACACCUUGCGCGCUUAGAGUUUAAGCUUGAGAUUUUCGAAGGACAACCUUUUUUGAAUGUAUAUUAUACAGUAAAACAAGUCAUUUGGG